CUGUCACCCAGGGAAACAGCUCUGUGGUGGAGCAGCUGAGGUGCAGCUGGGCCUGUGGCCUGGGAGGCAGUCUUGUGGGCGCCUCCCACCCCAGCCCACACCUCAGGUCUGCAGCUGGGUCCUGCCUUCUUUUGGGUGGGCGAUGGCUAGGACACAGCUGCUGCUUCUCCUGGCCCUUGGAUGUCCAGCCCCGCCCAGAGGUGUGGGCGGCACACCCUUCCCUUCCCUGGCCCCACCAAUCACACUAUUGGUGAAUGGGAAGCAGCAGAUGCUGGUGGUUUGCCUGGUCCUCGAUGUUGCACCCCCUGGCCUUGACAGCCCCAUCUGGUUCUCAGCUGGCAAUGGCAGUGCACUGGAUGCCUUCACCUAUGGCCCCUCCCCAGCAACGGAUGGCACCUGGACUAGGUUGGCCCAGCUCUCCCUGCCCUCUGAGGAGCUGACUGCAUGGGAGCCCUUGGUCUGCCACACUGGGCCUGGGCGCCACAGCAAGAGCACACAGCCCCUACAGCUAUCAGGGGAGGCUUCUACUGCCAGGACUUGUCCCCAGGAGUCUGUCAGGGGGAUACCGGGCCAGGCGCUGCGGCUGGGGGCUCUGCGGCUGCUGCUCUUCAAGCUGCUGCUGCUCGAUGUGCUCCUGACCUGCAGCCGCCUCUGCACCUGCCCGCCACCUUCUGCUCCCGCGGCCGUCGCCCGCCGGCCGCUGCCGGCCGCGGUGACAGAACAACGAGGAGCUGCCAGCUCACCCGGCCGGCCUCGGCCUGCGUUGCAUCCGCGGGACAGCCGCUGCCAUCACACGCGUCCGGGUUGGCAGCCCCGGAGCCCGGGCUCGAAGGAAAGGACGUUCCCUACCCGCCGAUCUUGGGGCUGGUGUUCAUGA